AAGUGUACACACAACAAAUGUCAUUUGGUUCCGGUUUACUUACUCCAGACACGUAAAUACACAAGUGAAGAGGCGUGUUGGUCUAAUACAGACGUGGAUAUCGAAAACUGGACAUGAACGUAAAAAUGAAUUGUAGAAAUGUGUGGUGUUAUUUGUGGAUAUGCUGUAUUGUAAUUAUUACAGUGCAAGUGGGCGUCGUUUAUUCUGAUGUCGGUGAAGAUCAGACAGCGAAGUUCGACAAACACGAAUCUUAUCGGGACAUAUUCCCUCUCAGUAAACAUAACUUCACUCAAAAAGUGUUAAAACAUGAAGAUGCUUGGGUGGUUUUGUUUCACAAAGGAUCAAUCAAACGUACAUGGAAAACUUUGGCUGUUAGUCUCCGUGGGGUUAUUUCAUUUGGUAUGAUUAACGUAAACGAAGAACCGGAGUUAUUACAUAAACUGGGAUAUGAUCUUCAAACUGGACAUGAAGCUAGAGUAUAUCCAUAUGGUUCUAAAGCAACUAAGGAGAAAUACAGUCUUGAAUCAUCAAGUCCUAACGAAAUAAAAACUGAAGCAGUAAAAUCCAUUCCUAACUAUAUACUGGAUGUCAAGAAUAUGGGUAUAGAGGACUUUUUAGUGGAUAGUUUUAUGUCAGUUCCAUCAAGAUUUCCACUAAUUAUUUUCACAGACUCUCAAGAAAUUCAACCAAUGUUUAAAUCUCUGUGUUUACGAUUGGAAAGAUAUUAUAAUUUUGGACACAUGGUUCAACCUGGUAUGUCAGAUCUGAAGCAGCUAGGCAUUGAGAAUGUGUACUUGGAUAUGCCGUCGGUGAUGGUCUUAACUACAGAAACUACUGAUAUUCAGGAUCCAAAAUUUAAUGCCAUACAGUACAUGAAAAGUACCUAUGGAGAAAUAUCAUAUCCAAACGUUUUAAAGUUUUUGAUCAAUAUUAAUAGAAAGUUUCGACACUUGUUAGCGGGAGAUAACAUGUCAAAUAAUAAAAACAAAGUGGAGAUGACAGAAGUAUUGGAAAAAGAAUCUGAAAAAUUUGACAUUUUGGAGAGCCCACAAGUUCAUAUUAAUGUACAUAGUGACAGAGACUUUGUUGUGGACAAUUUCAUAGAAUCCAAACUCGUCGAUGAGCUAUAAAUGUAAAAAAAGGGCUACUUUAUUAAACUCAUUUAUACAUUAUUAUUUUAAAGCGAAGAAUCAGGAAUUUAUCUUGAGCCAGAAAUAUAAUUUCUAUAAGCUAAAUCUAUUUUUCUUCAAACAUCUCGUUUAAUGUUAAAUCAUUCCGUCAUAUCAAUUUUUAAAUGCUUUUCUAAUUCUAUUUAUGUAAAAAUAUUGCUAAAAAUUUGUAUAUAUUAAUGAAAGACCAUAGCUUUAUAUUUUUUUUUAGUAAAAAAUAAAAGUAUUUCAUAAACA